UAUAUAAAAUCGUAUAACAGACAAGUUGGAUAUCACAAAGGAAAAAAUCUUCUUCUCUCUUUCUCCUUUUAAACUCAAAACUCGAGACCUAAAAUUCCGAGUUCUCGUCAGGCCUCCCAACCAUGGCUUCGUUCCUAUGCUCCGCCAAGUUCUUCUUCUUCCUCUUCCUUUUAUCAGCUAUCCCCAUCGCUUUCCUUAUCUCUCUGGAGCUAGCCAAGCCCACCUCCCAUGUCUACCUCUACCACAGCACCGGUUGGUUGCGUGAGUCUGCCAAGUGGGAUGCUCUCCACCAUCGAUUCCUUGUCUCCUUCAUGAGUGGCGGUAUCGGUGAGAUUUUGGUUCCGGAGAAUCACUCUUUGGGUACUAUAUUGGAAGAAGUUCAGGUGGUCAACGACGUUGACUUGGCUGGAAAUGCUUCACUGGGGCUGGUGAUUGAUGGGGCUAGGAAUAGAGUGCUUUUGGUGAGCGCUGAUGCCAUAGGAAAACGCUACGGGGCAUUGUCGGCAUAUGAUUUGUCCACAUGGAAGAGGCUGUUUCAUACCCAACUUAGCGGUCCAAACGAUGAGAAAUCGUUCGCAGAAGACGUUGCAGUUGACCCAGAAGGCAACGCAUACGUUACCGAUGCCAAUUCCAAUAAGCUCUGGAAGGUUGGAGUCGAUGGAAAAUUGCUUGCCACCAUUAGAAGCCCUGUUUUCAUUCCAAAAGAGUGGUACAAAAACUUGGUGGGACUAAACGGAAUUGUUUACCACCCAGAUGGAUUUCUGCUAGUUGUUCACACUUUCAGUGGCGGCUUGUUCAAGGUGGAUAUAGCCAAUGGAAACGAAGUCAAGCAGAUUAAAGUCGACGGAGGGCCGUUGACUUUUGCGGACGGAAUAGAGCUUGUCUCUACAACAAAGCUUGUGGUCGCGGGGAAUCCAUCUGGGAGAUUAGUUGAGAGCUCUGAUGGGUGGGAAACAGCCUCUGUUUUGGCAACAUUUUCUGGGCCUAAACAUCGAUUGGCCUCAGCGGCUACUGUGAAGGAUGGGAAAGUCUAUCUCAACCAUCUAAUUGGUAUUGGAUAUCCUAAGAAGAAGCAUGCCCUUGUUGAGGCUGUUUUUUCUUCUUGAAAAGAAAUUUACAAUUAACUCGUUUAAGACUCUUCAGGCAGUGUUUUGAAAAAUAGGGUGUUUGUCAAAUUCACAUAAAAGGCUGUUAUUAGAGAUUCAUCAGCUCCGAAUUUUGAUAUGUAAUCCGCCGACAAAGAGCAUUUACCAUGGAUUAUACUGUGUUUUCACACUUCA